GCCGGCGCUGUGCUCUGUGCGCUGCUCACUGUGCGCUGUGCUCUGAGCGCUGCUCACUGUGCGCUGUGCUCUGAGCGCUGCUCACUGUGCGCUGCUCACUGUGCGCUGUGCUCUGAGCUCUGUGCUCUGAGCGCUGCUCACUGUGCGCUGUGCUCUGAGCGCUGCUCACUGUGCGCUGUGCUCUGUGCGCUGUGCUCUGAGCUCUGAGCGCUGUGCUCUGAGCGCUGCUCACUGUGCGCUGUGCUCUGUGCGCUGCGCUCUGAGUGCUGCUCGCUGUGCUCUGUGCGCUGUGCUCUGAGCUCUGUGCGCUGUGCUCUGUGCGCUGUGCUCUGAGUGCUGCUCGCUGUGCUCUGUGCGCUGUGCUCUGAGCUCUGAGCGCUGUGCUCUGAGCUCUGUGCUCUGUGCGCUGUGCUCUGAGCGCUGCUCGCUGUGCUCUGUGCGCUGUGCUCUGAGUGCUGCUCGCUGUGCUCUGUGCGCUGCGCUCUGAGCUCUGAGCGCUGUGCUCUGAGCUCUGUGCUCUGUGCGCUGUGCUCUGAGCGCUGCUCGCUGUGCUCUGUGCGCUGUGCUCUGAGUGCUGCUCGCUGUGCUCUGUGCGCUGCGCUCUGAGCUCUGAGCGCUGUGCUCUGUGCGCUGUGCUCUGAGUGCUGCUCGCUGUGCUCUGUGCUCUGAGCGCUGUGCUCUGAGCGCUGCGCUCUGAGCGCUGCCCCGGCCCGGCCAGCCCGGGGGGAGGAGCGGCCCCUCCACACGUGUGCCGGCUCUCCCAGCCCCGGCUAUAAGGCAGGGGGCUCGGCUGGGCUCGGCUUGGUGCAGGGCAGGAAGGCAGGGCCGGGGGGCGGCUCAGCUCAGCUCGGCUCGGUUUAGCUCGGCUCGGCUCAGCUCGGCUCGGCUCAGCUGCCGCUUCCCGCGCCGGACCGUGCGCGCCCGGCGGGAGCGGCCGCACCUCCGGGCCCGCCCGGGGCAGGCAAGCCCAGCCCAGCCUAACCCAGCCCAGCCUAGCCCAGCCCAGCCCGGCAGCACAUGGCAGCGGAGCGCUCGGCUGCGCCGCAGGUUAGCUAGGGCCGGGCUCCGGCCAGCGCAUCCAGCCUCUCCAGGUCCGCCGAGUCACCGCAGGCAUUAAAAUGCAGCUGGCCGCCUGCUUCUUCUUGGGCUGCGGCAUAUUCUUAGCUUCAGGAUACAACUCCUUCAGUAAGAGCAUGGAGACCAUAGGCAAGAAGCAGUACCAGGUUCAGCACGGGUCGUGCAGCUACACCUUCCUCCUGCCCGAGGCGGACAAUUGCCGCUCCUCCGCUCCCUACGUGUCCAACGCCGUGCAGAGGGAUGCGCCUCUGGACUAUGAUGAUUCUGUUCAAAGGCUGCAGCUGCUUGAGAACAUCAUGGAAAACAACACUCAGUGGCUAAUGAAGCUUGAGAAUUACAUCCAAGACAGUAUGAAGAAAGAAAUGGUAGAGAUCCAGCAAACUGCAGUGCAGAACCAGACUGCAGUAAUGAUUGAAAUAGGCACAAACUUGCUAAAUCAAACAGCUGAACAGACGCGCAAAUUAACAGAUGUUGAAGCACAAGUAUUAAACCAGACAACCCGACUUGAACUUCAGCUUUUGGAACACUCUCUUUCAACAAACAAACUAGAAAGACAGAUUUCAGAUCAGACCAAUGAGAUAACUAAAUUACAAGAAAAAAACAGCUUUUUAGAAAAAAGAGUUCUUGAGAUGGAAGACAAGCACAUGCUUCAGCUGAAGUCAAUAAAAGAUGAAAAAGAUCAGCUUCAAGUCCUAGUAGCCAGACAGAAUUCUAUUAUAGAAGAACUAGAAAAACAGUUAGUUACAGCUACAGUAAACAACUCAGUUCUGCAAAAGCAGCAACAUGAUCUGAUGGAGACGGUUCAUAGCUUGCUUACUAUGAUAUCAACACCAAACUCUAAGAACAACUUCAUAGCCAAAGAGGAGCAAAUCAGCUUCAAAGACUGUGCUGAAGCUUUCAAAUCUGGACUGACAACAAGUGGAAUCUACACUUUAACAGUUUCAAACACUGCACAAGAGAAGAAGGCCUACUGUGACAUGGAAACUGGUGGAGGAGGCUGGACAGUUAUUCAGAAACGAGAAGAUGGCAGUGUGGACUUCCACCGGACGUGGAAGGAGUACAAGAUGGGAUUUGGUGAUCCUGCUGGGGAGUACUGGCUGGGAAAUGAGUUUGUUUCUCAACUGACUAAUCAGAAGCGUUAUGUUCUUAAAAUACAACUGAAAGACUGGGAAGGAAAUGAGGCAUAUUCAUUAUAUGACCACUUCUCUCUAGCAAGUGAAGAACAAAAAUACAGGAUUUACCUUAAAGGACUUACUGGGACAGCAGGCAAAAUAAGUAGUAUAAGCCAACCAGGAAAUGAUUUUAGCACAAAGGAUGCAGACAAUGACAAAUGUAUUUGCAAAUGUUCACAAAUGCUAACAGGAGGAUGGUGGUUUGACGCAUGUGGUCCUUCUAACCUCAAUGGAAUGUACUAUCCAUUACGACAGAACAACAACAAGUUCAAUGGGAUCAAGUGGUACUACUGGAAGGGCUCGGGAUAUUCUCUCAAAGCUACCACUAUGAUGAUUCGACCAGCAGAUUUCUAAAUACUUUGUCAUUAUGUGAAUUAUGUAUUGUAUAGUCUUCAAAGACUUAUUUUACCAAGCAUCUUGUCUCAUUUUUUCAAGCCCAGAAACAUGCACUAGUGUUCUGAAGGGGUCAAUUCAGUACAGGUUCUGAAUUGCAAUCGCCUUGAUCAGCUAAAGCUCAUAUUAUUCAAUCAGAUACGAAGUCUAAAGCAUCAACCUGAUAUAGCAGUGAUUUGGCCAAAUGACUCAAUAAAAAGAACAUCCAAGAAACCAUCAGACAACUUAAGGACUCUGUUUUACUAUCAUUUAUGUUAUGUACGUGUUAGUAAAUAACUGGAACUGUGAAAAAAAAACCUAAAAUAGUUUUAGGAAUAUGCAUUUUGCCUCACCACUGAACUUUAAACAUUAAUAUAAAACACUUAGAUAGAUCUAGAACUAUUUAUCUUUCUGUGUCAUGUGUGCCCUUUAUGUACAUAAAAAAAUACUGUUUUGUAAUUAGCCCAAUCCAAUAGUUAGGGAAUACAUUGUUUUCCCCCAUAGUCUCCUAAACAACUUUUUACACUUAUUUGAGAAUUUUUUCCAGUAGCCUGUAUGACUAUGUUUAACAUAGGACAAAUAGCAUUUAAAUAGUUUGCAUUUAUUCUUGGGAAAUACCAUUUACAAAAACCAUCAUUUUUUCAGUCUGAUUCAGUCACUGUCUUUAAAGUGCAGAAAAUCCCUAUGAAUCACAAUAUAGCAUGUGCUCCUAUACAGUUUUUAUGAAGAUUGCACUUUUUUUCUUCCCUUGUCAUUUACUUGUAAAAUAACUGACCAGUGUUUUGUAAACUGAGACAACGGCAUUAACACCAGAUGUCCGAUUGUCUAUGACAAUCAUUUAUCACUUGGUGCUGUAAUAUAUCUAUAUGUUUUGUAAAAAUAACCUAACUGAAAAACAUAUGCAUGUUCUUUGAUACAAUUAAAUUUAUGCUUAUGACUUAAGAUACAAAUUACUACAUUUUAAGAACAGGAAGAAAAAUAAUCUGAAAAUUAUCUAAGGUCACACUAUGGGUUUUUUUCAGUAAGGUUAGGAUUUCUCCCUAAAAAUGCUCUGUAGGUAGGCCCUCAAUGUACACAACAAUGUGAAUAAAUUACUCUACUGGA